CCGCGUGCCGCAGCCCGCGUCGUCUGCCGCCGUCGCGCGCCUCCUCCGCCGGGCGCCGCUGCCGGCGCCGCCGCCGCGCUCGCUGGCUGGCCAGGUGCGGGCGGCGGGCUCCUGCCGGAGGAGAAGACCGCCAGCGCCGCCGUCGCCGUUUUGGCCCGGGCCCGGGCGCCGGCCCCGCCCCGGGCCCCGACCCCCUGCCUGGCCGGGAGAUGAAGUGUCACUACGAGGCGCUGGGGGUGCGGCGCGACGCCAGCGAGGAGGAGCUGAAGAAGGCCUAUCGGAAGCUGGCCCUGAAAUGGCACCCGGAUAAAAAUCUGGAUAAUGCCGCAGAAGCAGCUGAACAAUUUAAAUUAAUCCAAGCAGCCUAUGAUGUGUUGAGUGACCCUCAGGAAAGAGCCUGGUAUGAUAAUCAUAGAGAGGCCCUACUUAAAGGUGGGCUUGAUGGAGAAUAUCAAGAUGACAGCUUAGAUUUGCUUCGCUAUUUCACUGUUACCUGUUAUUCUGGUUAUGGAGAUGAUGAAAAGGGCUUUUAUACAGUGUAUCGUAAUGUUUUUGAAAUGAUUGCAAGGGAAGAACUAGAAUCUGUGUUAGAGGAGGAUAUUGAGGAUUUCCCAACUUUUGGAGAUUCCCAGAGUGACUAUGAUACGGUAGUCCAUCCUUUCUAUGCUUAUUGGCAGAGUUUCUGCACUCAAAAGAAUUUUGCUUGGAAGGAAGAAUAUGAUACACGACAAGCUUCAAACCGCUGGGAAAAACGAGCCAUGGAAAAAGAAAACAAAAAGAUCCGGGACAAAGCAAGGAAAGAGAAGAAUGAGCUCGUCCGGCAGCUGGUAGCUUUCAUCCGUAGAAGAGAUAAGAGAGUGCAGGCACAUCGGAAACUUGUGGAAGAACAGAAUGCAGAGAAGGCGAGGAAAGCCGAAGAUAUGAGACGGCAACAGAAGCUGAAGCAGGCAAAACUGGCGGAGCAGUACAGAGAACAGAGCUGGAUGACCGUGGCCGAUUUGGAGAAGGAGCUCCGGGAGAUGGAGGCGCGGUACGAAAAGGAGUUUGGAGAUGGAUCAGAUGGAAAUGAAAUGGAGGAACAUGAACUCAAGGAUGGACAGGAUGGGAAAGAGAGUGAUGAGGCCGAGGAUGCUGAGCUUUAUGACAACCUAUACUGCCCGGCGUGUGACAAAUCUUUUAAGACAGAAAAGGCCAUGAAGAAUCACGAGAAGUCAAAGAAGCAUCGGGAAAUGGUUGCCUUGUUAAAACAACAGUUGGAGGAGGAGGAAGAAAAUUUUUCAGGACCUCAAUUUGAUGAAAAUCCAUUGAGUGACAAUUCUGAGGAAGAAAUGGAAGAUGCACCAAAACAAAAGUACUUCUUUAAAUUACAGAGAACAGAGCUGGAUGACCGUGGCCGAUUUGGAGAAGGAGCUCCGGGAGAUGGAGGCGCGAAUUAUGAUGACAAUUUCAAUGAAAAUGGAACUGGAGAAGGAGUAAAGAUUGAUCCAAAAGAUGCUAACUUAAAUCAAGAUAAUGCCAAAGAAUUGGAAAAUAGUUCCCAAGAAAAUGUUAAUGUCACAGAGACCAUCAAACCACGUGAUGAUCCAAAGAGUGAAGCCAAAACUGUUCUUAAACCCAAAGGAAAGAAAACCAAAGAUAUGAAAAAAUCUGUCAAAGUACCUGCUGAACCACAGAUCGUGAGUGAUGUCCUUAUCAGCUGUACAACCUGCCAUAGUGAAUUUCCAUCUCGGAAUAAACUUUUUGACCAUCUAAAGGCCACAGGUCAUGCAAGAGCACCUUCAUCGUCAUCUUUAAACAGUGUAACAAGUAGUCGAAGCAAGAAGGAAAAACGUAAAAACAGAUAGAAAUUCUGCCUACGCUUUUUUUUUUUUUUUAAAUUGUCUGGAUUUUGAAACGAAACAACUGAACUGAAAUCAUCUAAAAAGUUAAAAUUUCAGUGAUCUGCAAUUUAUUGCAUUGUGGAAGAUUAUUUUUUAUGUUGUAAAAGCAUUUUUUUUUGUUUAAUAUAUAUUUUUUAAACAUUUCACUAGUGACUGAAUUCUACUUUUACCAUCUGAAUUGACUUGAAUGUCUCAAAGCAGGUAAAUAUUGUAAAGUGUGUAUUGAUUUCUCUUGGCUUAUAUGGACAGAAAUGUACAGGGAGAAUUAAAUUAUUU